AUGCGCUGCGCGGCAGACCUUCCCGAGAUCAACCCAUGGUGCUAUGUAAGGCGACCCAAGACCGUGGCGCGCACUCUGCUGCCGCCGAGCAGUCUCUUCCCCCCUGGCCGAUCCGAUGUGAUGCUGUGCUUUGCUCUCAAGGCCUUGAUUUUCGGUCUCUUGGGCAGCCUCCUGGCGACGACGCUCCGGAAGACUUUGAUGGGCUUAAAGCAGGCUCAGGACGCUCUGAGCAUAUUGAAUGCAAUUCUGAUGCGAUGGAACGGCGACCGCAGCGUGUCCAUUGCCCACAUACACACCUGGACCCGGGUUCGCGAGUCGAUUCUCCGCAAUGACGUGAAAAACAUCUUGGACCGCUACGAGAAUGUCGUAGUCAUGUACACAUGCUUCGCGCUGUACUUUGUCACGGAUGCCAGCAUCCAGAUCGUCAUCCGAAACCGCCCUCCCAGCCUCAGUGCCGGCUACAUCGUGCUUCUCUUCAUCGGCUUCUCUUUGGUUUGUCUACGCCAGGCUUGCAAGAUUUCGGGGUCCCCCUAG